AUGGGUGGAAUACCACUAGGACCAGUCUUGGCAUCAGCUAUAUCUAUUAUUUAUGUCAAUCACCCGGAGUCCAAGAUAAACCUAAACAGCUAUCUAAAUUUGUUCGCAGACGAUGCAAAAGUACAUUAUUUUUUCCAGGUCGUCCGACUCAGCCUCCACGACGCCCAGCUGUUGCUCGACGACCCGAGGAACGCUGGCAUGAAGGUCAUCCACCUGAUGCGGGAUCCUAGAGGGAGUCUCAACUCUCGGUGGUCGUUGUAUUGGUGUUUGAGUCCCGAGUGCAGGGAUUCGGAGACGGUGUGUCGUCAACAGCUGGCCGACCUCAAACUCGUCCCGGAGCUCGAGGGCAGCUAUCCCAGCAGGUACAAAUUCGUUUUGUAUGAGGACCUGAGCCUGCGCCCCGACAAGGUGGUGAGGGAGUUGUGGCGGUUCCUAAAUCUGAAGCCCAAUCGCCGGACGCUGGCCCUCCUCGCCAGGAACACGAAGACGCCCUCCACGCAGCCCUAUAGCACCCUCAGAAACAGCCCUUGCCACACCUUCAGCUGGAGGAAGAAACUCAACUACACCAUGCUCACGAAGGUGCAAGAGAAAUGCAAGGACGUCAUCUGGGGGCUUGGGAUGCGCCUCUUCGCGUCCGAAGAAGAGUAUCGCAACCUCUCGGUAUCCGUGAUGCUGAAGGAGGGUCCGUCUCCUGCGUGUAUGGAGGCGGAGCUUGAGGGCGCGGGGGGUGGGAGCUUCGUCGGAGUUGCCCGUGAAGGACAAUUUGACUUACAUAUAUGAGAAGAAAAUUAAAUGCGUCCAUCUAAAGUCAUACAUAUGCAAGGGUAUGUAAAAACAGCUACAGGAUCAUGCACACACAUACAUAUAUAUAGGUACCAAAAACAUGUAAACUCACACUUAUAUUUGUACUCAUAUACAUAGACUUACACAUUUAUUGUUAUACCCAUAUGCUCACAUCUUCACUCACACGUACAGUUAAGCGUAAGCGUAAAUGUACAUAUUCGAGCUCACACAAAAGUAUCCUCGUGUGUAUGUAUGUGUAAACGGCAUUCACACCCAAAGCCUUUUCAUGCACUUAACUGCACUUCGGCUCCAAAGAGCAGCUUUAACAAGAAAGCCUAAACGAUAUUCCACUACAAAAGGGCGGGAAAAAAUCUUGUAAAUAGAAUUCUCCUUGUUGGAGGAACUUUGUCCGAGAUUGCUUGACUUCUGUGCAAACAUGUAUUAUAUUUUGAGAUGGUGUUUUUCCAUUAUAUCAAAGUAAUAAUUACUUUUUAUUAUACAGUUGUGCUUAUUAAUUUACUUCAUAUCGUAACGUGUUUGAUAUCACCCAGUACUUAAAGAUUCUUGGAAUAUUUUCCGACGGAGAACUAGGAGAGGAAGACGACUAUGCAGUUUGAAACGAAGGUCCUCGUUAUGUGCAGCAAAUUGUUUGAGAAAAAUUGUGAACUUGAACUGACCCAUAUAAUAAAAUACGGGUUUCAAUCUGGCAGACACGACAAACCUUGUAGUUAACAGAUACCCAAAGAAACAAGUUUUGAGAAAAAAUCUCUACCCCUGUGAAUGCAAAAAGACUCCAGCUUUGGUAGAUUAAACGAACGACGCCAACGCCUCAUUAGGGCAAUUUUUUUCCUUAGAGUAUUAGUUUUAUCCUUAUGCAUUUACCUUUUUCCUUCAAAUAACGCAUGAAUAACCCAUAUAACAAUGCAGCGUCGUUGAAAAGUUCUUUUGUGAAGGACAUUUUUUCGUUAUUUUUGUUUGUAUUUUUGUAUACUCCUGACCUUGAUUAAAACCGUUGAAGGCAGUCGCAAGCACGGGGUAACCAACAAGAGGAAAAACGGGGGAAAAAUGCGCAGUUGCAUAUAAUGGGCGCAUGCAUUUCAGAUUUUGUUCUACUUCCUGCCAGUCCUUUCAAUUCCUAUAUCCUUACUUUCUUAAAAUUCAAGGUUAAUUAACCAAAAUACGAGAGUAAAGAAACAAGGAAAGCUCCCCUGGCAAUUAUGUAAAUAAUGAUGAUAUUAAACACACUAACAACAAAAAGUUCUGCACAGCACGCAAUGCGCACGGAAAGUAGCAUUACAAGUAAAUGUCAAUAGAUGUACUAGGUAAAGAACAAAACAAAGGAAGAUCACCACCGAUCAACAAGCGAGUCAAUGCAGCCCUCGAAGGCAAUUGCAAAAGCAUGCAUCAGAAACCAAUCGGCAGAAAAAGACCUGUAUUCACCACUGACCAUUUGUAUCGCUGUGUAUAUAUUGGCAGACAGGCAGGUGGCAGGCAGGCAGCGAA